AUGGGUGCGGACCUGGUCACGUCAUCCACAGGUUUUCGAUUCGACGAUAAUGCUUCUGAACCACCAAAAAUGUUGCUGGCCAUCAAAGGAUAUGAACAACAGCCACUCGUAUCGUUAGAAAGAGCGAUUGAGCCUCUUGUAUCUCUCGUAUCAGAUAUUCAUCGACAAGCAAGAGAUGUUAAAGAAAAAGCCAAAUGUUCUUUAUCUACAGAUGGUCUCUCAGUAGAAGAAUCAGCUGCGAUCCGCUUAUACACGAUCGACUGGUCGAAAAAGGAAAAAUGUCUCAAUGUUGUUCUCACCAGUCAUCUUUGCUCGGAUCAAGAUGAUCGAAAUAAGAAGCUUGAGGCAUUUUUCCUCUAUCUGAAGCUCUUUAUUACUGGUCUCUCUCGUAUGCCAUCUAUGCGUGGAACUGUCUACUACUCUGUGAAUAUGGAUCUUAGUGUGCAAUUCGCCAACAAGAAGAAUAUCAUGUGUUGGAGUUUUCUUCUAUGCACUACUUCAGUUAAUACCCCAAAAUUUGAAGCAUUUCUUAAGACAAAAGGUCCUCGUACUAUGUUUAUCAUUGAUUCAAUUAGUGGUAAGAACAUUCAUGAACACUCAGACAAUCCCAUCGAAAAUGAAAUUAUUCUACUUCCUGCAACAAAAUAUGAAGUAGUCGAUCAUACUGAAGAAGCAGAUGGUCUUUUUAAUAAACGCUGGUUAAAAGCUACAGUUGAUGAUUAUUUAAACGAAACCGCAUAUAACAACAGUAAACAAAAUUUCAAUUUACAAUGCAAAACAACUCAAAUGGCACCCAAGAAAAAUCAAACUUCAAGUAUUAAUGAAAAGUAUAGUAUCGUAAAGCCAACUUUGGAUGUCUUAACAGCUCGUAUAACUCAAUGUGGAACGGAAGAAUUUCGUGAUCAUCUUACUUUUCUUAAUAUUGUUUUAGAUCUAAUCAAUGUAAAUAAAUUUAAAGAAUUGCAUAAUUACGCAAUCAAUUUGGAAUGUAAAGACAUGGAGCAACCAGGAUGUAAAACAGAGCCACACUUUAUUACAAAGUCAAAUGAUGAUAUACAACAAGAGUCACCAACGAAACAAACAGUAUUCAACAAUGAAGAAACAGUUGAAAAACAACAAGAUAUGAAGAUUAAUCUAGAAGCACUGGAACAAGAAUAUGAAACGGAAUUGCGUGAUGAAUACGAAGAAGCUUUACUAAACUUAGAACUAACACAAGAAGAAGCGAAAGACGAAGAUCAAUCAUUAUCAACAAAUCAAUUGAUUUUAAGUUAUUCGCCAGUUAUCAAUCCUCGAGGUCGGCCUCGUGAAAAUUCGAUCUUUAUUUUCAAUGCUAACAGCAAUCAUUGGAUAACAGUAGCAAAUUUAGAAUCUGAAAAUAUUUGGAAAGUUCAUGAUUCUCUAUCUUAUCCAAAAGAAUCAUUAGUCAAAUUUUUUCAAGAUAUAUUACCUGGUGAAGAAAAAGUUGUUUUAUCAUUUGAAAAUGUACAGCAACAAGUUGGUGGUCAUGAUUGUGGAUUAUUCGCAUUAACUUUCGCCACAUCUCUUUGUUAUGGGGAUAUUCCAUCAUCAUUAUUUUAUGAUCAAAAAUCUUUACGUAAUCAUUAUGUUAAUUGCAUUGAAAAUAAUGAAAUACAACGAUUUUCUUCAAAGCCUAAGAGAGGAAGUACUAGAAACAAUUGCAAAUUAGUUGAUCUUUAUUUGAAAUAA